UAAAACUGAAAAGAAGACUGAUUCAGUUACACAGAGGGCAUACUGACUGAAGAUUUUGAAAAUGGAGUGGGGGGGAGAGUAUUCUCUUGAUUCUUCCAAUUUCGACUGUUUGUUAAAUGCUCUUCCUGGAGAAUUGGAGUUUCAACAAGUCCUUAGUGAUAUUGAUGAAAAAAUAAAGAAGAAUUCUGCUAGUGUGGAAAAGAGUCUUAAAGAGCUACAGUCAGAAAUAAAUGAAAAAUGUACUGACGAACUACUACAAGACACAACUGACUGCCUUCAGUGGCUAAAUAACUGCAAUUUUAGUUCUCUCAAGCCUUCUACUACACACCAUGGGGAGCUGCUGGAGUUCCUUAGGACCCUGCAAACCUUGCUCACAAAUGAACAAAAUCAAGAAGAAAUGAUACUUCACUUCCUUGUGGAUCUCUCUAGUCAAUGUGGUGUCUCAUUUCCCUGUACUCCAAGUGGGACAUCUUUUGAGUUUGCAUCUUCUCUUCAUGCCCUUGAGGAUAAUUCAACCAUGGAUGUUACAUCUCUUUGGGACGAUGUACGAUUACAUCUUCGGCGAUUUUUAGUUAAUAGACUGCAAAGUCAAAGUCAAGAAGAAAGUAAUGCUUUACAACAACAAAUGCAGUUUAAAACACAGUGCAUACAGCAGCUUUUGUUUCUUUAUCCUGAAUCAGAAGUCCUAAGCAGAUAUCAAAAUAUGCAGAAUAAGCUGGUCAGUGAUCUUCUACAGAACUGUCUUCUGUCUAGCUGUGGUGAGACAAAUUUUGAUAAGGUGGUUCAUGGUUACCAAAGUUCCAUUCCUACAUUGUGCACAAUGAUAAAAGAGGAUUUGUAUAUACUAAGUGGAGCUAUUGAUCCUUCCUCAUCAUUGAAGUUUAUUAAUGAAACUUAUCUUGAUACCAUCACUGAAGAAAUGACAGUUCUUCUUGAAAGGCUUUGCGAGCUGCAGUUCAAGGAAAAUGCUCUACCUAUAGUUAAGACAAGCAAGAUUUCAAAGAAGCAUAGAGGAACAGUUCAUGCUGUGGGUUAG